AUGGUUGUAGUCAAAAGAUUCCGGGCGGCUUGGGGCAUUGAACCAAGCCCAGGAUACGAAAACUACAAGACCUGGUUUCCAGAAUUGAAGAAACAGGGAUACUCUGGAAUAGAAAUAAAUCUUCACAUCAUCGACAACCCAAACGUUUUCAAACAACUCUGCAAAGAGAAUGAUCUGGAAAUCAAUAUUCUCAUCUUUUCAGCUUGGCCUAGGUACCAAGGCCCUCGACCUCGGUGUACCGUUGCUGAUCAUCUGGCCGCCUAUCGGGACCAAUUGACUCGAGCAAAGGUAUUUGAUCCUUUGAAAAUAAAUGCUCAAUCAGGAAGUGAUAUCUUCUCUUAUGACGAGUCAGUUGAGUUCUUUCAGGGAACUCUAGAAAUCGAUGCCGCUCUGGGGAUGAUAGGGAAGGUCUGCCAUGAAACACAUCGCAACCGAUCACUUUUUAAUCCUUACGCAGCAGAAUAUAUCCUGAAAAGAGUGCCAGGGUAA